AUAAAGGACAAGAAACGCGAAAGACAUUUGUUCAAAUACAUGCGCGGAAAGCUGCUUUGCCAACUGAAGAUGAUAACUGGUGUCGAGUUGUCUACCAAUCAAGGUUUGCCGGAGUUUAUCUGCGAGCGCUGCUUCUCCGAACUGGAUCUUGCUGUGAAGUUUCGCGAGCGUUGCAUCUUCUCCCAAAAGUACUUGCUGGAGAUGGUCAUGAAGACCACUGAAGAGGACCGCAGGAAGUUUCCAAUUCCGGAGCUCCACGAAAUCGAAAUUGAUGCGGACCAAUUGGAGCCAACCAAUAACGAUGACAUGGAGCUCUUGGGGUUUGUCGAAGGGGAUGACGUAGAGGACGAUGAGGAUGCCCAGGCGGCUGUGCUUAUCGCAGCGGAAGAGGCGUACAAAGCUGAGAUAAAGGAAGAGCAGAUGAGACGAGUAGCAAAGCGACGCCGUAACUUCUUCAUAUGUGAACAAUGCGGUCAGUUCUACGACGACGAAUACGCCUACAAUGAGCACUUGGAUGCGCAUCAAGAACGGAAGGAAAUGAAGAUGUUCUUCCCAUGUACAGAAUGCCCGGAAACCUUCACGAAAAAGACGGAUUUGAAACAGCAUCGCUCACAAUUCCAUAAUGGGCAAUGGCGGCAGUUCAAAUGCUCGACUUGUGGUAAAGUGUUCGUUUCAAUGGAUGCCAAGCUACGCCAUGAAAAAGCCCAUGAAAAUGAACGACCUUAUCCCUGUCUGCAGUGCGGAAAGAUAUUCUCCUGUGUUUCGGAACUAAGUGAACAUCAUGCCACACACACGGCCACAAAUAUGAAAUACAAAUGUGAGCCAUGCAGCAAGGGUUUCAUGACCAAACCGCUCCUGGUGGCACAUAAGCAAUCAAAGAAUCACAAACGCGCUCUUAAAAAAAUUCAGGAUGAAAUUGAUUUGAUGGGUAUCUUAGACAGUGAUUAAUCUUUCAAAUCAUUAUUCUGGAUUUAUUGGAACUAUUUCCUACUAAGAAUCUCUUUGAGAAUCAAAGUAUGAUUUUCCAUUUUAAAUUUGUAUUUUUUUCAAUGUUGAAGGGAAUUAAAUUGGCUGACCACAUACAUAUGCACUAUGCACGAAAGUGCAUAUACUAUGUAGUGCAUAGUUUCCUGAUGUGGUUCUUUUUGUAUUGCCUAGUACAUAUUUAAAA